UCUUCUUCUUCUUUUGACAUUUGAAUGUUAAAAAUUAAAAACGUGAUUCUUUUGGUCUUUAUCCCUUUUUCAUUAAAAUGAGUGAGUUUGGGGACUCUUUUUCGACAAGUGGCGACCACAAACCUGGUGACAAAGAAUUGCAGGAAUUUCUCAUGGUUGAAAAACAGAAAGCGCAGUUCAAUGCACAAAUACACGAAUUUAACGACUUUUGCUGGGAUAAGUGUGUGGAGAAGACUGGAAAUAAACUAGACAGCAAAACUGAAACAUGUCUUACAAAUUGCGUUGACCGAUUUAUUGACGUUUCUUUGUUAAUUACCAAUAGAUUUGCACAAUUAUUACAAAAAAGUGCGGGUGUGUAAUGUAAAACAAAUAUAGUCAUGUAGUUACCAAAUAGACUCGAAAAUUUUCA